AUGAUUGCAUUCAUCUUGAUGUUACAUUGCCACGAAUGUGCUGCUGGUUUGUAUUGUGGCAUUCUUCUCGCCGAAGCGGGGCAUACAGUUACAAUUUUCGAGGCAAAUGAUCGAGCUGGUGGUCGAAUUUUAACGUAUCGCGAUCCAAAAAAUCCAUCCAAGUACAUAGGAGAAUUGGGAGCUAUGCGUUUUUCACUGGAUACUCAACCUUAUUUGAAUACUCUGAUUCGACAGCGAUACAAAUUGAAUAUUACGGAAUUUUCCAAUUUCGAUGAAAAUGCCUAUACAUAUAUUAACGGAAUUCGCGCUACAAACAAACAAGCACAUGACAAUCCAAACAUGUUUCAAUUCAAUACUAGUCAAAGUGAACGAGGAAAGACUCCUGAUCAAUUAAGCUCCGAAGCUAUGGCACCUAUUUUUCAAACAUACUCCGAAGGAGGUUGGUCAGCGGUUCGAAAUCAAUGGGAUUCGUAUUCGGUUGAGUCCUAUUUCAACAAGAUGAAUCUGUCACGUGCAGCUAUUGACUAUAUCGCCAUGACUGGCAAUUAUGAAACGGAUCUUUUUGUAUCGGUUUUGGAAAUCAUUCGCGGUGCAAUUAACGUAGGCAUUGAUCCCAAAUUUUCUCGAAUUCAAGGUGGCAAUGAUCUGUUAGUACAAUCGAUGGUUACUGAAUGUCAAACAAUGGAAUCAAAUCGAUGUUCCAUCGUGUAUUCGACUCCCAUAAGUCAAGUACGAUUGCUAACAUCGAAUCAGACUCAAUUGACAACCAAAAAUGGUGUCAGUCAGGUUUUCGAUACUGUGACUGUGGCAACGACGCCACAUGUAAUUCAGUUAAUCGAUUUUGAACCACGAAUGGAUUUUGUUCAAAAAUAUUUAGCUCUGCGACAAGUGCAUUUUGAUUGUUCAACAAAAAUUCUUCUCUCUUUCAAUACGUCCUGGUGGUACACUCAAGAAAAUAUCAAAGGCGGUGCUUCGGUGACCGAUUUGCUUAUUGGUAGGAUUCAUUAUCCAAGUACGAACAGUAAUCAAACGGAUGGUGGAACAGUUCUUGCUUCAUACACAUUGUCGACAUCUUCAAUCAUCUGGCAAUCUUUAUCCGAACCCGAUGCCAUCGAAUUAGCAUUAAAACAAUUGAUUCAACUUCAUAAUUCAUCAUCGAAUAUGCGUGACUACUUUCAAGGUGGAAAAGUCAAAAAUUGGUGUCAAGAUCCUUAUGAACGUGGUGCUAUGGCUUUAUUCACUCCGUUUCAGGAAACUGAAAUUUUUGAUAAAUUACAAGCAUCCAUUUCGAAUAUACAUUUUAUUGGUGAAUAUACAAGCUUUAUUCAUGGAUGGGUAGAAGGUGCUCUCUCAUCGGCAAUACGAGCGGCUUUAUCUAUUACGGAAAAAGCACAAACAACCCAUGCUUAG